AUGCAGACGCUGAAAAAGGGCGCCAGCUUCCUGAGCGAGGCGAAAGACCGCCUCACCCGGGCGAGGUCUUCCAGCUCGGGGGACGCGCUGAAACUGCCGGAGGGUGGGGGGCCUGGAAAAUCCAACGCCUUCUACAACUGCUCGCCCCAGGAGGCCCACUGCCGAAAGCUGUUGGUCCAUCAGGAGGCCGUCGCAGGUGUAGUGGACCGCUACAUGUGCGCUGUGCUGUACGCGCUGGACGACCUGGCUGCGGCUCACGAGAAUCUGGGCGCAGGCCUGCAGCAGGCCGGGGAUCUGGUGGACGGCGCCUGGCACGGUCACGUGGAGGCCCUCGCAACUGCGCUGCGGCAGGCGCGAAAGCGCAGUGAGGAUCAGGAGAACGGCUUUACGAUUUGGUGCUUCAAGGUGGUUACAAGAAGGGCUCCGUGA